GUCUCUCUCUCUCUCUCUCUCUCUCUCCAGAUUCAGAUUUGAGAGAAGCUGGACUUCACUGACCUGCCAAAAUAAAUAAUUGUUGCGCAGAAACGGAAAUCGGACGCAAUCACUUUCCGGCGACAGGGACGAGAACAGAAGCCAUGAGGAGUCCCUUCUUCAAGCCCUCGCCUUCACCUUCCCGCUCUCCUCUCAGAUUCACCCCAGCUUCGUCCCCCAUGCGGCACACCUUGUCCGAGUCCCUCGUCCAGGAGAACAUCGACCGCGCCGAGCCCCUCAUCGCCAAGUGGGACCCUUCCCACCACACCUCCUCCUCUCUCUAUCGCGACAGCCGCUGGGAGGCCAAGCAGUUCCUCAAGUCCGUCGGGGACUUGCAGGCCGCCAUGAUCUUCUUCGUCAGGGAGGACUCCGCCUCCGACAAGCUCGUCCGAGCCCAGUUCCUCAUGCAAACCGCCAUGAAGCGCCUCGAGAAGGAGUUCUACCUCAUCCUCUCCACCAACCGUCAGUACCUGGACCCCGAGUCGGUCUCGCUCUCCACCCGGUCCUCCAGUGUCUCCGAGGGCUACGAAGAUGAAUCGGAAGACGACCUGAAGUCCGCCGGCGAUGGCUUGGAGACGUUGGGUACGCCGGAGAGGACAUCGUCGCCGUCGUCGUCGUCGGCUACUGUGAUGGCGGACUUGAAGGCCAUCGCCGAUUGCAUGAUCUCUUCGGGCUAUGGCCAAGAGUGCGUCAAGGUGUACAAGAUCGUUCGCAAGUCGGUGGUGGACGAGGCUCUGUACCGACUCGGGCUAGACCGGACGCUGACUCCCUCGCAGAUAAAGAAGAUGGACUGGAAGGUCUUGGAGGCGAAGAUCAAGUGCUGGUUGCGAGCGGUCAAAUUCGCGGUGACCACGGUGUUCUACGGGGAGCGAAUCCUGUGCGACCACGUGUUCGUUUCCUCGCUCCACAUCAGAGAGUCCUGCUUCAGCGAGAUCACGCGCGAAAACGCGAUCGCCCUGUUUGGUUUCGCGGAGAGCGUGGGCAAGUGCAAAAAAUCACCCGAGAAGAUGUUCCGCGCCCUCGACUUGUACGAGGGCAUCGCCAACAUCUGGCCCGUGAUUAAGUCCACCUUCUCGUCCGACUCGUCCUCCGCCGUCCGAUCCCAGGCCGUGAACGCCCUCAUCAAGCUCGGCGACGCCGCGCGCCUGAUGCUCGCCGACUUCGAGGCGGCCAUCCAGAAGGACUCAUCCAAGGCCGCCGUCCCCGGCGGCGGGGUCCACCCCCUCACCCGCUACGUCAUGAACUACCUCACCUUCCUCGCCGACUACAGCGAGGUCCUCACCGACAUAGUCGCUGACUGGCCGGUCGAGGCUGCCGUCCCCGAUCUCCGCCCCGACGCGUCACCGAUGUCGGCGCGGCUCGCGUGGCUUGUGCUCGUGCUGCUGUGCAAGCUCGACGCGAAGGCCCAGCGGUACAAGGACGUGGCUCUGUCCUACCUGUUCCUGGCCAACAACCUCGACUACGUCGUCGUAAAGGUCCGGCAGUCGAGGCUCAGGUACUUGCUCGGGGAAGACUGGGUGACGAAGCAAGAGGCGAAGGUCAGGCAGUAUGCCGCGAACUACGAGAAGAUGGGGUGGAGCAAGGUGCUGGAGUCGCUGCCGGAGGCUCAACCGCCGGCGGCGGAGAUGUCGAUGAACCACGCGAAGGAAUCGUUCCGGAGUUUCAACGCGGCAUUCGAGGAAGCGUACAAGAGGCAGAUCGGGUGGGUCGUGGCGGACCCGAAACUGAGGGACGAGAUGAAGGUAUCGCUCGCGAAGAAGCUGGUGCCCAGAUAUCGCGAGUUCUACGAGACGCACGGGGCGCCCCUGAGGAGGGACACGUUCAGGGAGGGGAUUGUCAGAUUUGCCCCUGAGGAUCUGGGGAAUUACCUCUCGGACCUAUUUCACGGGUCCGAGGGUUCCAGCUUUUCAUCCUCGCACUCGUCCUCGUCCUCCACGGGCUCGUCGAACAAGGGGCAGAGUCAUUGAUCAAUCGCUCUAACAUGUACACAAACAUUUGACAUGUAUAGAGAUGGCAUAGUUUGUGAA